AUGGAGUCUUCAACUGCUGAAUCGGGAAGGAAAUCUAAAAAGACAACAACUACUGAAGAAGCCAUCUCAGCUGAAACUGUUAUUAUAAUUUUCGUUUUCAUCGGAUUAUUCUUUCUUUGUUGUGUCGGCGUCAGUCUGUACUGUUUCUAUAAGAGAAAGCGAGAGCAGCAAAUCGAACAAAUUGCCAACGUUCCACCAACUGAUCCGAAUCAAGUGAAUGGUGGUCAACCUGUUGCAGCUACCGGACAACCACAAGUGGCAAUUAUUCGGAUAUAG